AUGGCGGCUAAUGACAAUUAUCAUCUAGGAGGUCAAAAUAGUGUGAAGAAGGGAGGAAAAUUUGAUGUUGAUGCUCUAACUCUUUUGACUAGUUAUGUGCAGGCAUUGACAAGUCACAUUGCACCUAAUUGUCCACAAAACUCGAAUGAGAUGUCGAACGAGGAGGCCAAUGCAUUCUACACUUCGAAUUCCAGAAGGCCAUAUGACCCUCAUUCAAACACAUAUAAUGAAGAGUGGAAACAUCAUCCAAAUUUCUCCUACAAGAAUACUCAAGCCCAACAAAAUCCACCCCCACCACCACCUCGAAACAACAAUUAUAAUGCACCACCUGAUGCAGUAUCCGAGAUUCCAUCUUAUGCAAAAAUUUUAAAGGAUAUGCUCUCUAAUAAGAAGAAGCUAGAGGAGAACGCAACGCUUGCGUUGACUGCAGAGUGUAGUGCAAUUUUGCAAAACACACUUCCUAAGAAACUAGGCGAUCCGGGUAGCUACUCAAUUCCGGUGAAACUUGAAGAUAUAGAGAUCAACAGGGCACUAUCAGAUCUUGGUGCAAGUGUGAGUCUUAUGCCGCUCUCUAUUUGCAAGAAACUUCAAAUGGAUGAACUAAAGCCUACACGCAUAUCUCUAUAA